AUGUAUUUUUUUUCCAGGGCUAAAUUAGUUGAACAAGAAGAUGAAUAUAUAGUGGAUAAAAUUGUAGAUAAACGUCUAAGAAACAAUAAGGUGGAAUACCUUCUUAAAUGGAAAGUCUAUGAUGAGGCAGACAAUACUUGGGAACCUAAAAAACAUCUUCUUUGUGAAGAGUUGAUUAGAGAUUUUGAACAAAAACAAAAGAAUAGAAUUAAAAAGAAAGGAAUUGAAGGGGUCCGUGAACAUUCACUAUCUAAUUCAACCGUUACAAGUUGUGCAUCAUCAGAAGCUGGUCCAUCUAAAGAGGGUAAAAUCAAUUUUUUUCCCAAAAAAUGGUAA